AAAAAGGCGGUGUCUUGUGCGGGUUGAACUGAACUGAGAUCAACGCCACAGAUGCACAGGUAGGUACGUAUCUGGAGAGUUCCGAGUCUGGACCCAGACGAAAAAUCUCCAACCGUUGCAGCCAAAGCCAACCAACGCCAAACUUGAUCAAGAACCAGCGACACAACGAUCCUCGAGAAAAGCCUCGCUUAGGUCUUAGCAAGUAUCCUCAGGGUCACGCGACUCUCUAUUUUCUUCUGUUCUCUUCUUGUCUCAGCGGCCUAGUCACGCCCGUCGAGUUAACCCCCCAUUGGCAUAUCCAUCACUCGGCCCAGUCUCUCACAAGCCUGUACAUCUAAGACCUGUGCUGUACCGUAGGUUAGUAGUUCCGCCGUACUACAUGUGUGCGUGCCCCGGUCACGGCCACGGUCAUCAGUACCUUAUAUCUCCGAACCCAUCAUGCGGCGGGGGAUCCAACCUCCGCUGCACCCUUGUUAAUCAAUCUGGAUUCAAUAAACACCCUCGACUCUCACCACUCUCUCAAGUCUCGGCCAAAACGUAGCCCGAGUCCCCCGAACCGGAAUUCGAGUCAGAGCCUGAGCCCGAGUCAGGGUUACGGCCAGAACCAGCAGCUACAUCAUCAUCACCUUCAGCAUCACCACCACCAGCAGAAUCUUGGUCUUGAACACAGCGGCCAAGGUCUACGCCACAUCUAUCUACGACAUAGCCACGACCACGACGACCACGAGCAACAUCUUUUGGAUUUGGGGAAAAAGCAACAUAAUAUUCCCACUAACGGAUCCUCUCACUACGACACCCCCAACACCUUCACAAUUUCAUCUCCGUCAGAACCCAUCUCAACGGUGCGCUCAUCGCGCCGUGAUAAACAUCUCCACUCUACAAUACCCAAUACCUUCUGGCCCUCCGGCUUCAACGCUCUCAGUCGCAUAGUAGUCGGCGCCAUCCGCUGUUCCGCCCUCCCACCAUUCUCCUACACCAUGUCCUUCCGAUCCAAGAUCCCGGAGACCCCCCGCGUCAUCUCGCCGAGUCCCACCCCAUCCGAGCGCGAUGCCGCCGAUUACAUGGGCCCCGUUACACGCUCGGCUGCCCGGAGACGGACACCCACGCCGCAGCCCCUCGAGGAGGAGCCCGAUGAGGAUCUAUCCGAGUCCCCCGAGUUUCGACGCGCCCGAACCCGCAGCCGCUCGCCGAUCGAUACACAGGCCGUGACGCGCUUGACGAGGCGUACGAGCACUGCUGCUAAGGCGGGCAAGGUGUCCAAGGAUACUAUUCCAGAGGAGCAGGCGACGUCUAAUGGGGCGCUCGUCAGUAACGGCAACGGAAAGUCCACGACAUCAAAUGGCCACCUUGCGCCGCCUCAACCUGCAACACCGGUGGGAUGGUCCUGGCGUGACUUUAGUCGAAGUCCCAGUCCCUUGGGCCUUAUCCCUAUCCACCGACACUGGAGAACCUUUGUACACAAGCACGAGGUACCCCGCAAGGUGCUCCACGUGUCGAUCGGUUUCUUCGUUAUCUGGCUCUACGUGACGGGAACUCAGACUACAUCAGUCACACCGUGGCUCAUGUCAGCGCUCAUCCCAAUCGCUGCCACUGACUGGCUCCGACACCGAUAUGCGUCCGUCAACCGUCUCUAUGUCAAGGUCCUCGGUGCUUUGAUGCGCGAGAGCGAGUACUCUGGCUGGAACGGUGUGAUCUUCUACCUCCUCGGUGCCUGGGUCGUCCUCUAUGGCUUCCCCAAGGAUGUUGGUAUCAUGAGCGUUCUCUUGCUCAGCUGGUGCGACACCGCUGCCAGCACCUUCGGUCGACUUUGGGGCCGAUAUACCCCCCGUCUUCGCAGGGGCAAGUCUCUUGCUGGCUCGACUGCUGCUUUCCUCGUUGGCGUUGGCACAUCGUACUUCUUCUACGGCUGGCUCGUCCCUACAGUUGGCCCAUUCCCUGGUGACGAGAACUUCCUCUUCAAGGGUGUUCUCUCGCUGCCCAAGACCAUCUGCGAGGCUGUUGGUGUCUCCAAGGAGCAGACAACCAUCUCUGGAGCCCUCGCGCUCGGUGUCAUGAGCUUGUGGUCCGGCUUUGUCGCUUCUGCCAGUGAAGUAGUUGACAUCUUCGGUUGGGAUGAUAACCUGACGAUUCCCGUGCUCAGCGGUCUUGGUAUUUGGGGCUUCCUCAAGGUCUUCUCUUAGACGGUGCACAUUUCAGGAUGGGAGCGGCUCUUAUGAGCAUAAAAAGCUGCUAUUUCCACCAGAUCACGGCGCAUAUGAGAGAUUGAGCAAUCGCAUAUAUGCAAUGCAUUAGUCUGACAUUGUGCAUGCAUUGGGGGUUCAUGUGUAUACCCUACUCUCCCCUCGUUUUCCCGUCUUUUUUAUUUCUCUUACUCCUUCUUCUUUGUCAAAGCAUUUAUCUUGUGAAAAUGGGUCUGCUGGAGAUUGAGUUUUUACAUAUGUUCUCGGCAUCGAGGGCUUUGUUUUUGGUUUGUACUUUACUCAGCUAGGCUUGCGAGAUGGGAACGGCGUGCGGAAGAGGAGGAAGAACAUGAAACCCUCUUACAAAAAUCAACAUAACGGUUCUCCGGUUUGGGGUACCUGGCUGCGAACCUUGUUUUCAGGUGUCAUGCGGUGUCACAUCGGGAUGAUAUAUAUCUAUUCCUGAACUUCGGUGGAACAUCUGGUAUAGAAAACGGAACGGGACAGCAUGAUAGGUGUGAUGUCUUCGGGACUAUGUAGACAGAACGAGACCACAGAGGUAUCUAGAUAACGAGACGAAACGCAUCUCCUUUUCCUUUUCACUUACUCCUCAUGACACCUUUGCAAGAAACUGACUGGUUGCGCCACUUUUGACGUCUGUUGUACGAACGCCGUACAGCAUUCGUAUUGCUCACUUUCUGCUCAACGGCCUGGAUAAUACAUCCGUGCCACGAGGUAUCUGAGCUGGGAAUUCCGGUGAUAAUCAUCAGUCGGGCUGCAGAAUGUUACACAACCUCGGAGACUCACUGUGUUGAACAGACUCUCGGAUGCUAUUCAACCAGAGCCAAAUCAGUUGUACAGAUUUGUUUGAGCGUUCCAUUUUUGGCAGAUUAGGGGAAUUUAACAUAGACAUGGAGGCUUUUGUCUCUCGGUUAUGUCCGGUCGUUGAAGGCGGACUUACACGACAGUGUCCGUGGUGGCGGGAUGAGUCGCUCAAGUCAGAGGCGGCUUCUGCUUACAUAGUGGAAAGACUCUCUACGUCAUGUUAGCAAAUCAAAAGCGAGAUAUUCUGAGAUAUUUCCUGACAGAACUCCUUCUGCAUUGGGUAAAUAGCUUGCCUCGAGUCCAGCGCACACCAUUCACACCAUCUUCGCAGAAAAGAAAAGAAAAUCUAUCUACUCUGCAUCUCUCUUUAAGCUUGUCGUCCUAUUAGACGGUGCCCCAUCAUCGAACCCCCCUGCACGAAGUUGCAUCUUCCCCUCCGUGUGCCUGGGCCACGCCUUGCCGCACGCAAAGGCGCUGAGUUGUCCGUGCGUGAUGGAGGGUAUCAUGGCAGGGGAGGCGUGUAGAUGAUAAGUACGUACUAUUUGCAGCAUUUCGAGAUAUGUACGCUUGGAUAGUCAUAUUGCAGUCAGGAUUGUGCCUUCACGCAACUUGUUCGUCUUUCACCGAAUAGUUUAUGACACGGAACGAACCAGAGGUCCGAGUCAAGUCCUGAUGGCAUUUGUAAGUGGGCAAGCGGAUGCGCUGUUGGAGGACGACACCCGCCUUGUCAUGCAAUGCAAAUGCAAUGCACUGCAAAACAAAGGCACCUGGCUCCUUGUGGAGAUACAAGUCAGUCAUCUUUCAUCUCUGUCCAAUCUGGACGAAUCUCGCGUCAGUAUUCGGUUCCAGUCAUCAUCCACCGGUUCAUCUCGCUUUCAUGGCCUCAAAUCGAUCAAUGUGAGGCGGGCAGAUCAGUCGACUCCAUGAUCUCCAGGAGACUGAAUGAUUGAAGCACAGCAGCUUGAACUAAAUCUGACGCACAGCUCGCAACGCAGGGCUCGCAAGUCAUGCCACCUGGGUGAUAGGCCCUCGGAUUUCGUGGUAGGACUUGCCAUUCAAGACGUACCAGAACACGAUCAUCGCAAGUGAUGCGCAACUAACAAGAUCGCGAGGUGGAUGAGCCAGGAUAGCCCUCGUUUGAUGCCGACGCUGAUCGGACGUCGCCCAAGGACAUCCCAGCUCUGGGGACGCAGUAACAGUGAGACAAGAAAGAAAGUUACAACGAAUUUCGAACGAAGCAACUACCCGCAUCGGAUGUGCAUGAACCGUGACAGCUCUUGAGAGAGUUAAGUGACGACUUCAAUUUCUGAGUGGCGGGUAGCGACAGGAACCGUUGAAGACGUGUCACAGUGGCUCAUGAUGGCGACGUCAAAGGGGCGCCGUUGCCGCAGACUCCAGAACUGUCACCAUACAGCAGAGCUACAGCCCAGAAUCUACGCAUAACCGGGGCAACGUCUCCGUUCGUAGCUGUCGGUUGACAGGCCGGGUGUGUCAGGGACCUCCUACAACGAGCGUCGGUCCGGCUGUGCAGCAUAUGCAGAGUGUAGGGGGCUUAAGCUGGAUAAAGAAUGUAUUGAUAUGAUCAGUGAUAGAUAUUUCCCUUUGUCGAGUGCUCAUGUGGCUGGUCGUUUCCCUCACGGCUCAGGCUACCAUGGGGCAUAUGUGGAAGUUCAAGAGAGCAUCUUUUCAAGUCGAUAUUGGCCUUGCGAAGACUCUGGACGCGCCAAAGAUAUAGCAUUUCAUUUCCUCUCGUAAUCCAUCCAUAUCGGGUCUCUAAGAUGGUCUUGAUUAAACCAUACCGGCUCAGAGACAACGAUUAGAUCGAUCUUUUCGCGAAUUCCCUUCAAGGUUCGUCAAAUAAAACUCACAAGCUAAAAGUCCAUCUAGGACAAACGUCUAAGCAUGUACCCUGUCACAGAUAGUCUGAGCUAACUGUGCCAAUGCUCACCAACUAGAUAAAGAUGGUGGAUGGUGGAUCUUGCGGUGUACCUUGUGGUGACUGGUCGGUAGUGGCAAGCGGGGAGGGGCGAGAAAUAAGGAAGAAAUGCCGUAUGUACUGAAAAGACCCAUUGCAAUGGAUGCAAUCAUGCUGCAUUUGUACAAGCAUUAUCCAAUCAAUUGUUGCCAGAAUUUGACCGAUUCUUUUCGCCAAUGGAAUUGCGUUGGACAAAAGGUUGAACAGAUCGAGGGUGGUGAAGCCGAAAGCUCAAGAAUCCGAACAUGAAGCAUCUCAAAAGUCGUGUUGAAGUCGUGAUAGUGGAUCCUUGGAGUUGUAUCAAGGCAAUGGGUUCUCGGUGUUACAUGGCCCGUCAAAUGCUUCAUGACGAGCUUAAUUGAGUUCUGUCAAUAUAAGAUAUCUCAGA